AUGUCUAACCAACAGCAGCAGUGCAAGCAGCCUUGCCAGCCUCCUCCUGUUUGUCUGCCCCCGAAGUGCCCUGAGCCUUGUCCUCUUCCAAAGUGCCCUGAGCCUUGUCCUCCCCCAAAGUGCCUUGAGCCUUGCCUUCCUCCAAAAUGCUCAGAGCCUUUUCCUUCUCCAAAGUGCCCAGAGCCUUGUCCUGAGCCAUGUCCCCCUCCCUCAUACCAGCAGAAAUGCCCUCCUGUGCAACUUCCUCCACCCUGUCAGCAGAAGUGUCCACCCAAGAGCAAGUGA